AAUGAAAAUAGUAAUUCUCUUUGUAUCAGAAUGUGGUAAUGAAAAACAAAUUGUUUUUAGUUCUAGUUAGUGUUGUAGGUUUCUGUUUCGCUUGUUUCAUUCAGCACUUCAUCAUGUCUGCUGAAAGCAAAAAUGACAAAGAUUGGAAAAAUGCAAAAACGAUUUAUGAUUUCACAAUGAUGGAUAUUGAUGGGAAAGAAGUUUCAUUUGAAAAAUAUAGGGAUAAAGUAUGCUUGGUUGUCAAUGUUGCCUCUAAAUGAGGCAUGACAAAAGCCAACUAUAUUCAGUUGGAACAACUUUACGAAAAGUACUCAUCUCAAGGAUUAAGCAUAAUGGCUUUUCCGUGUAAUCAAUUUGCAAGUCAGGAACCAGGAACAAAUGAAGAAAUCAAACAUUUUGCCCAGGAUAAUUACAAUGCAAAAUAUGAUCUAUAUGCCAAAAUAAAUGUCAACGGUGACGGUGCUGCUCCUUUUUUCAAGUGGCUGAAGAGCCGUAAACAUGGAAAAGGAACAUUGACAAAUUCAAUCAAAUGGAAUUUUUCAAAGUUUUUGAUUGAUAGACAAGGAGAAGUUGCCGAUCGGUUUGCCCCAAACACUGAACCUAUGUCUAAAGACAUCACUGGGAAAAUUGAGAAGCUGCUUUGAAAAGGCCUUGCUCGAUCCAAGUAUUAAUUUGUGCCAAUUUAAUUGUUUGCAUACCAUAAUCCACAACAGUGUGUUUCAUAUUUAGGAUGCUGCCUGUAUUUAUUUCAGCUGAUGGUGUUUUCUGCUUUAUUUCCCCCUCAUUUCGGUAAAAUCUUAAGAUAUAGCUCUUUUUCAAAUUAUCACUUAUGGUUUUCAGAAGACAAAUAAUAUUUUUCGUCAACCCAGUAUAAUGCCACUGUUUGUUAGCUUUUGUUUUUCAUUUCUACAGAAAUGCUUCCUUUAUAAGUUCUUUUUAUCUGGUCAUUUAUAGCUAUAUGCUGCCACAUUUAUGACGAAUUGUUUCAAAAACCAGUCAUUGACAGGAUGAAACAGUUUUGAGAUGGCAAAAGAAUGUGUCUGUAGGAUUGCUGGGUUCCGAGUACUUUCCUGGCAAUUCAACGAUGCAUUUAUUAGCCUUGUGUUACAUAUAUGCUAAUUUGAUCAAGAUAGAAAUAACUUAUUCAAUGAUUGCUUAUUUCCAAUGCAAAGCAUAAUUAAAAAAUAAACUGUGAUUCACGAACAA